CAGACAACCAGCAACCACUCCGGCCGCAAGGUGCGAGCGCGGCAGCGGCCGUUCUGCGGCGUCAAGGCGGAAGAAGCCUCACCCGUGGUUCGCCGCCUCUGGGGCCUGGUGACCUCAUCGGCUCAUCCCGGAGGCGCACGGCUCGCCGCGCCGCAGCUAAGAAGCAGGCACACCCAUCCAUCCAUCUUUCAUUUCAUCCCCUUCCCCUCGUGCGGCGAGCCCUCCUGCUUGCUUGCACGGACGACGACCUAAUCCCCUCCCCUCCCCUUCGCCGCCGCCAUGUUGCGCCUCCGAAAUCGCCUCCUACCUCUGUUCCGCGCCGCCACCGCGCACCCCUCACCCAUCCAGCCCCGCGCGUUGCUCCUCCUCUCCACCUCCACCUCCACGACCUCAUUUGCGCCCUUCUCCCUCGAGGACUACCUCGUCGCCGCCUGCGGCCUCGCCCCGACCCAAGCACGCGAGGUGUCCAAGAAGGCUGUCCACCAGUUAUCCAUAAAAUACAGAAAGGGGAAGGUAUCCAGCUUCCGCCUCAGCUCCGCCUCCAACCCCGAUGCCAUCCUGGCCCUACUCUCCAGUGCUGGCCUCUCCCGCGCCGACAUUGCCGCCGUCGUCUCCGCGGAACCACUGCUCCUCCGCACUUCCGUGAAGAAGCUCGCUCCCCGCCUUCUUGCUCUCCGCGACCGCGUCGGCCUGUCUACUCCCCAGAUCACUCGCUUCCUCCUGGUUGCCUCACGCGCUCUCCUCUCGUGCGACGUCACUCCCAGACUCGAGUUCUUCACCUCCUUCUACGGCUCGUUUGAUCGUGUCCUACUGGCCGCAAAGAGGUCUAUGUUCCUCUUCUCGACGAGCCUCGAGAGGAUCAUCAAGCCCAACAUAGCUCUGUUUCGUCAGGGCGGUGUUCUAGAUGUUGCUAAGGUGUGUUUAAAGAACCCUUGGGUGCUUACCUUCAAGCCGGAACGAGUGAAGGAGUUCAUGCUGCGGGCAGAAGAACUUGGGGUGCCUGCAGCGUCGCCGAUGUUCGGGCAAGCAGUGGCAAUCGUCUGCUGUGUUUCGCCUGAGAAGGUUGCUGCCAAGUUUGAGUUCUUUAAGAGGACUCUUGGUUGUUCUGAAUCUGAAGUUUCCAUUGCAGUGUCCAGGAUGCCACAAAUACUAGGAUUAUCUGAUGCGACUCUUCUUCGCAAGAUCGAGUUUCUGGUCAAUGAGGCUGCUAUGGAGCCACAGUAUAUUGUGCAAAGGCCUAUCCUGCUCACAUUCAGCUUGGAGAAGCGGUUAGUGCCCCGACAUCAUGUCAUGAAAGUACUGCAGGAAAAGGGUUUGCUGAAUAGCAAUAUGAAUCUUUUCACAUUAGCUCAUCUUAGAGAAGACGCUUUCAAAUCGAAGUUCAUCGACGGUCACAAGGACUCUGUUCCUGGCCUUGCAGAUGCUUAUGCUGCAGCUUGUGCUAGUAUUGUGCCCUCUAGAGUGUAAUUUAAGCUUCUCAUUCUGGUUUAGGUGGAUGGUAGAACUGCAACCCAUGCUCGUUAGUGGCUGUCAACUGUGCAGGUUUUCUCAAUUCUGAUUUCUGCAAUAUAACCACUAGUGAUCACUGAUUGGUCAUAGUCCAAGGUUAAGUUGCGACUAUUAAGGAAGGAGCUGUGUUUGGCUUCUUUCUGACACUUAAUGCACGUUCUGUUGGUUUCAUCUUCUGCCUAGCACAUGGCUGUAGUUUAUCCUUAACUUUGUUUUCUUAUGUGGAUAAGUAUUUGCUGUAGAACAGUAUCUGUAAGGGAAUGAGGUACCCAAAGCUGAAAACAAAUUGGAAGUUCUAUGGGAGACGGCUUCGUAUGAGAAAGUAGUAAUGUAGCCCUUUUGGCUUCCUGUGAUAUAGAGAAUGUGCCUCUUCUGGAAGUAAGCCUAUCAAAUAAGGGAGACAUCAACUCUCAAACUUGUUUUUUUUUUUUUACCAUUUUGUAUAGUUUUGUGAUUUUAAGUAGGAGUUUCUCACGGAAUAUUUAUAAGAUUUAGCAGCUCAUAUGGUGGGUUUACGCCAUCUACAAAAACUUUUCUAAUUUAUAAUGUUAUAAGCAGCUCAUAUGAUGGGUUUGCGCCAUCUACAAAAGUAUAGUAAGCGGGAUCAUGAGCAGAUGUGACCACCGACGCCCUCUGUUUUGAGCUGCUGCUGGAAAUCCAGAUCCCAGGAGAACUUGUGUGAUCGAUUGCCAGUAUAUACCUGCUGGCCUGGCUGCUGCGGUUGCUUUGGAAAUUGGAAGUGUUGCCCAUCUGAAUAAUCUGAACCAUGUCAUCUACACUGCCUAUGUAUGUUACAACUUAUGUAUGUUGGUUCAUGUCGACUUGAAAAAUUGGACGAGUUACAACUGUAAUGCGAGAGCUGCAAAAUGCAGUGUGGUCCGUCA